AAAUCGUUUACUAAUUAAAACGUCUGUCUGGUCUUCGCCACCAAAAAGUCUUCUCUUCUCGUUUCUUUUCUCAGUAGAGGAAAAUGGAUUCUCGAAAUCUUCUUCUCGCGUUAUCGCUGUCUCUUAUCCUGAUUUUCCCUCCAAUUUCGUCUGCUUCCAUCAGAUUCCUCCCUCGAUGGAGUAGUAAUAACAGAGAAGGGUCAGUGAUUAAGCAGAAGACAAGUGGUUCGUCUCUAGUUAUUGAUCCAAGUCGUGUCACUCAGCUCUCUUGGACUCCUAGGGUGUUUUUGUACAAGGGACUUCUUACUGAUGAGGAAUGUGAUCAUUUCAUCAAUUUGGCGAAAGGGAAGCUUGAGAAGUCAAUGGUUGCUGAUAAUGAUUCAGGUGAGAGCGUGGAAAGUGAAGUGCGCACUAGUUCUGGAAUGUUUCUUUCCAAAAGACAGGAUGAUGUAGUUGCUAAUGUCGAGGCAAAACUUGCCGCGUGGACCUUUCUUCCCGAGGAAAAUGGAGAAUCUAUGCAAAUAUUGCACUACGAGAAUGGUCAGAAAUAUGAACCGCAUUUUGACUACUUUCACGACCAAGUAAACCUACAGCUUGGUGGUCAUCGGAUCGCCACUGUACUGAUGUACUUGUCCAACGUCGAAAAGGGUGGAGAAACUGUGUUUCCCAUGUGGAAGGGCGCAACAGCUCAACCCAAAGACGAUAGCUGGACCCAAUGUGCCAAACAAGGUUAUGCAGUGAAACCGAGGAAAGGGGACGCAUUGCUAUUCUUCAAUCUCCAUCCAAAUGCAACCACAGAUCCGAGCAGCUUACAUGGAAGCUGUCCAGUGGUUGAGGGAGAGAAAUGGUCAGCAACCAGAUGGAUUCAUGUCAAGUCAUUCGAAAGACCUGUUUCCAGGACAACUGGGUGUGUGGACGAGAACGAGAGCUGCGAGAAAUGGGCAAAGGCAGGGGAAUGUCAGAAGAAUCCAACGUACAUGAUGGGUUCAGAAACAGACCAAGGUUACUGCAGAAAGAGCUGCAAAGCCUGCUCAUCUUAACAACAACCAAGUAAAAAAAUCAAAGGUCUUAUUAAAGGAUUGAAAAAUUUUAGUGUGUAGAGAAACCUUUUGGUCUAUAUAAGGAAAAAUGUUUGAACAAAUACUAAAAAAUGAAUAAUUCUGAUGCUAUGUUCUUAAUAAGCAGCUUCUUGUUUCAUGUUUA